CCUGUCCUGGGCGCGCAAUGGAAACCGGCUGCUGGUUGCUUGGCGGCGAGUUCGAGGACUCGGUGUUCGAGGAGAGGCGGGAGAGGCGGCCUGCACCGCUUGCGUCCUACCGCGCCAAGCUCUGCGAGCCGCAGUGGUUUUAUGAAGAAACGGGGAGCAAUGAUGAUGUUGAAGCUCUGACUAUCCAGAAAUUCAAAGGGGACCUGGCCUACAGACGGCAGGAGUAUCAGAAAGCACUGCAGGAGUAUUCCAGUAUCUCAGAAAAACUGCCAUCUACGAAUUUUGCCAUGAAAAGGGAUGUCCAGGAAGGCCAGGCUCGGUGUCUCGUUCACCUGGGGAGGCACGAGGAAGCCCUGGAGAUUGCUACAAACUUGGAGAAUAAGGCAACUAACACAGACCAUUUAACCACUGUGCUCUACCUCCAGUUUGCUAUUUGUUCAAGUUUGCAGAACUUGGAGAAAACAAUUUUCUGCCUACAGAAACUGAUUUCUUUGCAUCCCUUUAAUCCUUGGAACUGGGGCAGAUUGGGAGAGGCUUACCUGAAUCUGGAGCCAGUGCUUGCAGCAUUGCUUGCGUCAUCUCAGAAACAGAACAGUUUCACCUCGAGUGACAAGGCUAUCAAAUCCUCUUGUCCCCACUCAGGAAAAGACUGUCUUUUGUGUUUCCCUGAAAUGUUGCCCGAGAGCUCUGCGUUAUCUGUGGAAACGAGCAGUGGUAAUAACCAGAAGAAUGAGAAAGCUUUAAAAAAUAUUCAAAACUGUAUGGCAGAAGAGAGAGCAGCAGUGUUGCUAGAAACUCAGAUGAAAGCCUGUGCCUCUUUUAUACGAACCAGGCUUUUGCUUCAGCUCGCCCAAUCUCAGCAAACAUCGUUUGCUUUGGAGAGGAACUUAAAGACUCAGCAGGAAAUUGAAGCUAAAAUGAAAGGGUUCAGCUUCAAAGAAGACACUUUGCUGUUGAUAGCAGAGACCCACUGUCAACGCUGUCCUGCACCGCUGAGUGGUCUCCGUGGAUCUGCCCACACCCUCACUUCCCGCCGCACCUCACUCUCCUGGCAGCAGCGCGUCCACCCAUGUGAGAACCCAGCCUCCUGUACCCCGAUACCGGAGCUGUAACGCAGGACAGGAGAGGGCAACCCAGGAAGCCUGGGCAUCUCUGGGUGUCAUCACACACAAGUCAUCUUGAUCAUUUCCAGCACAGAUGGUGAAGGUAAUUAACUGAGCAAUGAUUAUGGUAAAGACGUCUUGAGCCUGCCUCCUAACCCCACCCUCUUGUUGGUGAAUGAGUCACUCAGAAGGUGAGCAAAUGUGAAGCACAGAGAUGUCUGUCUGCCCUCCAGUGGGUGGGGGGGGCACCCAAGGGCAGUUCUUGCCUCUCUUGACUCAAAAGGCCUGUCUUCAGUGUUUUCUCCCAAGGGGGCAUGACCAUGCCCAGAAUUUGAGCUGUUGAGAGUCCUUUGUCUCUCAUAUGCUGACACCACUGCAAUCUUAUACUAUAGCCAAAGAGAUCUUAUACAAAUAAAGAUUGCUCUCAGAGUCCUUCAGUGAUUUCCCCUGAGGCCUGGGAGGCCCUGUGUGGUCUGGCCCUGGCCCACUUCACCCCAGCUCACUCUGGUUUCUUCUCAUGUCUUUGAACUCGGCAAGUGUCCUCCCACCCAAGCCCUAUGCCCAUCCAGUUACCUUUACUUGGAACACUCCUCCCUGUGGUCCCUCAACCCUGCCAUAAACUUGCCCUUCCUACAGAUCCCAGCGCAAAGGUCACUCUCAGACAAGAUGAUUCUGAGUCCAGACUUGCUCAGGUCCCCCCUUUAAAUGUUGUCAGAGCGCCUGCUUUUUUAUUCCCCCCGCAAGGUGCUUAAUGGAAUUGUAAUUGAAUAUUCUUUGUAUGAAUCCUCCUGGCUACGCCAUAAGCUCCAGGACUGUGUCUCUGCUUUGCCCCUUCAUGGCGGAGCUCAGCUUCCUGGACGUGCCGUGACUUCUGCGCAGUGCUGCUUUGCUGGAGCCCCAGGCACUUGAAGAGACGGCCUGAAGCCCAGUGAGCCCGCAGCCAGUCCGUACAGAGCUCCACUGCCAGCGCCACAGGUGCCCCCACCUGUCUGUGAGGUACCGCAUUUCAACAUGAAGAUGGGCUUCAUUUUAGGAAAACCUAGGGUAGAAAUCUCUAUGAAACAAAUCCAAGGCCGCUGUUUAGAAAAAUGAUUAUUUUAAGUAGCAGCUUUCUAGUGCUUUUGAAAUUUCAUCUAUAAAAGUAAUUUAUACACGACUUUCCAAGGUCUUAAUCGUGAAAACAAACAAGCAAACAAAAACCAGAGAGGAUUAUACAAAAGAAUUCAAAGCUCGAGAAACAAUGGUCCUGAUGAGUCACAGCCUAGGGCUGCUCCAAUCCUGUCUUCGUGAUCGAAGUGUCUCCACCAGGUGACUUUGCUAAUGAGGUCAGAGAAAUAGGACAGGCAUUUGUCUGCUUGGGGCCUACUGUUCCUUAUCCUUUCCUCCUUCCUCGGCACAGAAUGACUUGGUCACUUAAAAGUUUGAUGUUGUGUCUGCUCAGCCCUUGAGCUGACGACCACCCUGCCCCCCAUCUCUGGGAUCUCUGGGAACCUGGCAGCCAUAUUUGUCUUCACUGACCCUAAUGAUGGGAGAGAGGAAGCAGGGUUUACCUGACCUAAGGUGAGCCAGUCAGGAUCUCCCCUAGAGAUGUAGAAAUGAGUCUUCUCGUGUCUGAAACUGGGUCAAAACUGGGGGGUGGCUGUGUUUGCCAAAUGGAAUGGGGGAUAGACAGAGCAGGUCUGCAGAAAGAGGAUGAAAGAGAUGCCCAGAAAGGGGCAGAGGGACAGUCUGCUCUGCUGCCUCCUGAUUCCAGGCCCUUCCUGUUCUGUAGGCCCAGCUACAGUUUUGGUUGAGGCCUCCACGAAACACCUGGAGUGUGGCAGGCGAAAUAAUGGCUCCCAAAGGUGUCCUGGUCCCCCAGGGUGUCCCAGCCUGUGAAUAUGUUAGGUUACAAUGCAAAGGGGAAUUAAGGUUGCUUAUCAACUGACCUUAAAAUAGAGAGUAUUACCCAGGUGAGCCCAGUGUAGUCACUGAGAUCUUAGCAAAUGGAAGAUGGAGUGUAUUAGGACUUGCCAGAGAAACAGACCCUAUAGGUCUGAUACAGAUGCAUGUGAGAGGAGAUUUAGUAUAGGAAUUAGCUCAAGUGGUUAUGGAGGCCAAGAAGUCCCACCAGCUGCCUUCUGCAAGCUGGAGAACGGGGAAAACCAAUAAUACCAUUCAGUUGAAGUCUGAAGGCCUGAAAAUCAGGGGGCUGAUGGGGUAAGUCUUGAUCUGAGUCCAAAAGCCCGAGAACCAGGAGUGCCGAUGUCCAAGGGCAGAAGGUAGAUGUCUCAGCUCAAGCAGAGAGCGCAAAUUCAUCCUCCCUCUGCCUUUUUGUUCCAUUCAAGCCUUUGACAAAUGGAUGGUUCCCACCUGCACUGGGGAGGGUGAUCUUACUUAAUUCACCAGCUCAAAUGCCAGUCUCCUCCAGAAACACUCUCAAGACACACCCAGAAUAAUGUUUUAGUAGUUAUCUGGGCAUCCCUUAGCCAGUCAAGUUGACAUAAAAUUAGCCAUCACACGGAGGCAGAAGGAGUGGGUCAGGGUCAGAGAGAUGCUGUGCGGCUGGCUUUGAAGAUGGAGGAAGAGGCCAUGGGCCAAGGAGUGCGGGCGGCCUGUAGAAGUUAGAAAAGGCAAGGAAACAUUCUCUCCUAGGGUGUCCAGGGGGGAACACAGCCCUGCUGAUGCCUUAAUUUCAGUCCAGUGAAACCAAUGUGGGAAUUCUGAACUAGAAACUAUAAGGUGAUACAUUUGUGUUGUUUUGUGCCAUGAUGUUUGUGGUCAUUUGUUACAGCCGCCAUCGGAAACCAAUAUACAAAGUAACCUACCCAUAACUUAAGAUUGCUUGAGCUAGGUUCAGUUUCUGCUACUUGCAACCAAAGAAUCCUAGUAUGGACCACUUGGGUCCUUUCAAUCUUGGUUUUAGAAUAAGACAUUGUGUCUCAGAAGGCUAUUUCUUUUUUAAAUGACAUUCUUUUGUAAAACCUUGAUAGAGCAUCGCUGUAGGAGAUACCAAAGAUAAGACACAACACCUAUUUUUUUUUUUUAGAAUUUAUUUUAGCCAUCACCUUUCUCCAGAAUACUUCCUGUCUCUCUAAGUCUCAGUUUGGAUCCCUUUCUACGCGCCCCCUUAGUACCCUGUGCUUACCUGUGACAUUCCACUUGUGACACGUUUAAUUUUUCUGUCCUUUUCAUUAGGCAGUGAGCUACAUGAGGAUAGUGACAAUGUCUCCUUUCUUUCCGAAUCAUCAAACAUAGCCCUUGAUACAUAAUCAACCCAGGGCAAAAGCUGAAUGAUUUUACUGACAGUAAGGCAAUCUCUAUAGAAGCUGGAGGGAAAUGAGACUUUGAAUGGAAUCCCUAGGGAGAAGGACCACAGAAUUGCUUUAUCCUAAACAAAAGGUGCAGAAAUUUUCCUACUCAGGUGUGAUCCACAGGUGAGAGAGAGAUUGUAAGUAAAGAGUCUAAGCUUUGCUGUGAACAAAGACCGCUGGGUGUGCUAGAGAACAGUAAGGUUGACAGAGAACCAAGGACUUAAGGUCAUUUCUCAUGCUUUGCAUGGCUAAAGGGGAUCAGUUUUCUCCUAGUAACUGAGGUUUUUUGGUUUUGUUUUUUUAAAAAAACAAAGUUUCAGAAUAUCAUUGAUCUGUUCUUAUAACUGGUGUUAGUCUUCAGAAUUGGAAUGACUUGAAUCAAAUGGUAAGGACUUCAUUUCUGAUUUCAUUAGUAAUUACCAGGAAUUCAUAAUUCUGUCUCUGGCAAGUCAUCUAAUAGAGCCCAAGUUUGUGGAAGGGCCUUGGCUUGGUAUCGUGGACUGAAAAAGCUUGAGAAAUUCAUCUUUUUUUUUUUAAUUUUUAUUUUUUUAUACAGCAGGUUCUUAUUAGUUAUCCAUUUUAUACAUAUUAGACAAGACCUAUUUCCAAGGAGCUUCCAUCUCUAGUAGACGUAAUAGGACAUCCACAUAAGUGGCAAAUAAGGGUCAGGAGGGAGGACUUGACAGCGCAGGAGUGCAGAGGAAGGGGGUUUUCACGAAGGCGGUAACAUCUGAGCUGGACCUGGUGAGGGGAUGGUUUGUAGCAGCCUCGGCAGAGAAUGGAAGGCAGGCCCGCGAGGUUUCGCAGUCGAGGGAUGAGAGCAGCCAAGGCCUGGAGGACAUGAAGGCUGGUCAUCCAGGUUAGUGGGUGUGAAGGGAUGUGGUGGGUAAUGAGGCUGGGCGGGUAAACCGGUGUCAAAUGAUGGAUGAUCUUGAGUGCCUGGUAGGAAACUUGACUUGGCGUGGGAUAUACUGAGCUAUGAAAGGUCUCUGAGCCCGGGAAUGGCUGGUUUAGGGUUGUGCUUUAAGCCGAUAAAUCUGGUUUCACUUUCUAUGUGUUAAACAACCUUUCAGCUUCGUGCAAUAUGUGUUUUCUGGGUCUAGGAGAUAACGAGCACUAACGUGGAGGGUGGAGGUGAACUCAAGUCACUGAGAGCUCCCAACGCUUUGGGGAAUCCACACUGUUGUGGAGUUUGUUACCCUGAAGGGCUUUCCCACCUGGAAAAGGCCAAACUCUUGACAGCUUUGCCCACUGCCCCUCCUGCCUUGUGCACAGGUGAGUCCUCCUUACUUUCAGGUCUCAGCUCGAUCUCUCCUUCCGCCUUCAUUCCCUUGUAGACCCAGCAAACCACCGAUCAGGGAACUGCAAACGCUGGAGGCAGGGAGGCUCUUGGCACCAUCACAUAAGCCCUCUGGGAGCUGCGACACCGCUGUUUCCACCCAUGCGGGCUGCCCAGCCCCUGGCAUACUGGGGGACAGGGUUGGGGACAAGCGUGUGGUUAAAUACAUGAAUUCAGGCCCUUUGGGAAUGGAAGCCAGGGCUGGCCUCCAAGGACGGGGGACAGAAUCAUUCAGCCAGGGGACUCUGAACUGGAUGCUGCUUCAUACCGUGGCCACAGGGAGGGCUCCCAGAGCAGCAGUGCUGGUGUGCCUCUCACAGGAGCUGCGCUGGGAGGACAGCACAGCUGUGGGCGUUGGGGGGAAAAAUCGGGGAGCCGGCCCUGGGACCUUUCCACUUUAGGGCCGCCGUUCUCGAAGAGCAGCCGGCCACCAGAAGCAAGUGCUGGCUCUGCUGGUAGAGAGGAGCAGUUUGUAUUGAGAAGGGCCACCUCCGGAGGCCCAGCUGAGGUGACGCAGGUGCCCGCUGUCCUGCAGCGCGGCCGGGGAGUGUGCGGGGGCGGAGGGCGAGCAGCUGUAGGUGGGUGUACAGAGCCGGGGCUCCUCUGGCCAUGUGGGCCGACACGGGAGGCCUGCCUCUUAUGCCUGAUUGUGUCCCCCUAAAAGGCAUACGUUGAAGCCCUAACCCAGUACCUCAGAAUAUGACCGUAUUAGGAGAUAAGACCUUUAAGCUCCUGGCACCAAAAUCUGUAUUAGUCAGGAUUCUCCAGAGAAAUGGAACCAAUAGGAUGUGUGUAUCUAUAGCUGUAUGUGUAUCUGCAUCUCUGUGUCUAUAUUAUCUGUCUAUAUCUAUAGCUACUUAUGUACAGAGAGAUUUAUUAUGAGGAAUUGGCUCACACAGUUGUGGAAACUGUCAAGUUCCAAGACCUACAGGUUGAGUCGGCAAGUUGGAGACCCAGGAGAGCCAGUGGUCUAGUUCUAAAGACCAGCAGGUUCAAGCCCCAGGAAGAGCCAGUGUUUCAGUUUGAGUCUGAUGGCAGGAAAAACCUAUGUCCCAGUUUGAAGGCAGUCAGGCAGGAGGAACUCUCUCUUAUCUGGGGGAGAGUCAGCCUUUUUGUUGUCAGGUCUUCAGCUGAUUGGGGAGGCCUACCCGCGUUCGCAAGGGCAAUCUGCUUUACUUACACUACCAUUUUAAAUGUUUAUCUCAUCCAAAAACACCCGCACAGAAACACCCAGAACAAUGUUCGGCCAAAUACAUGGGCACCCCAUGGUCCAGUCAAGUUGACGCAUAAAAUAAGCCAUCAAAAGUCCAUCCUUUGUCAACUUCAUCUCCUUAAAUUCAUAAUCCAAUUUGACUGGUGUCCUUAUAAGGAAAAGAAAUUUGGACACACACAAAAAGACACUAGGGGGCUUCCCUGGUGGCACAGUGGUUGAGAGUCCGCCUGCCGAUGCAGGGGACACGGGUUCGUGCCCCGGUCCGGGAAGAUCCCACAUGCCGCGGAGCGGCUGGGCUCGUGAGCUGUGGCUGCUGAGCCUGCGCGUCUGGAGCCUGUGCUCCGCAACGGGAGAGGCCACAGCAGUGAGAGGCCCGCGUACCGCAAAAAAAAAAAAAAAAAAAAAAAAGACACUAGGGAUGCAUAUGGACAGAGGAAAGACUACAUAAGCACACAGCAAGAGGAUGGCCAUCUGCGAGCCAAGGAGAGAGGCCUCAGGAGAAACCAGUCCUGCUGACACCUUGAUCCCAGAGUUCAGCCUCCACAACUGUGAGAAUAUAAACGUCUGCUGUUUAAGUCACCGAGUCCGUGGUAUUUUGUUACGGCAGCCCUGGCAAAUAAAUGCACUCUCUUCCAAACAAGGGAUGUUCCCAUCCCCUGAGAGGACUUCUUACUCAUUUCUUUUUCUCUCAGAUACCUUCUAUGCUUAUGACCUUUUGCUAUAGAUUGCAUGUUUGUGUCGUCCCAAAAUUCUCAUGUUGAAACAUAAUCCCCAAGGUGAUGGUGUUAGGAGGCAGGGCCUUUGAGAGGUGAUUAAGUCAUAAGCAUGGAGCCCUCAUUAGUAGGAUUUGUUCUCUUAGAAAAGAGGCCCCAGAGAGCUAGGUUGUCCCUUCCACCAUGUGAUGACACAGUGAGAGGUGACCACCUGCAAACCAGGAAGAAGGCCUUCCCCAGAACCCAACCAUGCCGGCACCCUGAUCUUGGAGUCCCGGCCUCCAGAACUGUGAGAAAUGUCUGUGGUUUAGAAGCCACCCAGUCUUUGGUAUUUUGUUAUAGCAGCCCCAAUGGACGGGUCCUCACCAUUUCUGAAAAGUCAGGGGAGAGGCCUGGCUUGUGCGCUUCAGGAUCACAGGGAAAAUGAGGUUCAGAGAGCUUGGGCCUUCCUCAUUAGCAACCAUUUCAGUGGGUGGGUCUAGAAACUCUGUUCUCAGAGCCCAGCCCACCGGCCUAGAAGGUGUCUGUGUGAAUUUGCCUGGCGCGGUGAGCAGGCAGUGGAGGAAGGUGGCCUUGGCAAGCACACUUAUGAGAGCUGGAUUCCACCCUCCGCUCACGUUUGGCCUUGUGCACACACUGCAGCCUCACGCUACGCCACCUCCUCUGGGCCUCUCUGUCCACUCAGGCUGGCACAUCAUCGUGUGGACACCCUCACUCACCACACCCUGCAGAGGAGUGAAGUAUGGAGCCCCUGGGAGGCAGCAUGUCUAUCUCAGUGGAUAUGCAGUGAGCAACCAGGGAAAAAGGUCGUUUAUACUCGUACGUGUGUCUGCAAUAUUUACAUUCUCUGAUGACAGUUUUUCCUCUUCAGGAGGAAGCUGAGAAAAUGAGUGACAGUUUCUCUGUGUCCAACAGCUUUUUGGACUGAGUCCAGAAAAUGAAUCAUGUGAAGAUGCGGCUCUAGCACUUCUAGGCCAGGCCAGCAGGGCCAGCAGAGGAGAGGCAGGGAGCCCAGGUCAAGGUGAGGGCGAGUACAGGUCACCCUGGGGUGUCUGAAUGUUUGACCCCCUCAGGAGCAAAGCUCCUUGACCAGUCAGUUAGCAUCCAUUGUGUGCGGGACCACCCAUGGGGGGCCUCUUACAAUACAGAUAGGGAGAUCUGGUGAGGACCAAUGAAUGCCACAGAUCAUUUCUAGGAGAGGGAGGCCUGAGGGGAAGGGAUGCUCAUUCCAAUCAACACCCCAGUCCUGGCUGAUAACCCUACAGGUGGGUAAUAGUAUCCCUGAUCCCUGGUUGGGGACUGUGUUUCCACCGUGUCCCCCCGAACAUGACCAUCAUACAAUUUCAUUCUCUUAUGUUCUUUUUUUGGGGGGCAGCGCCUCGCGCAGCUUGUGGGAUCUUAGUUCCCCAACCAGGGAUCGAACCCGGGCCCUCGGCAGUGAGAGCGCAGAGUCCUCACCACUGGACCACCAGGGAAUUCCCAUUCUCUCAUGUUUUUCACGGUGGUGGUUCUCAUGGGCGCCGCCCCCAGCUGACUCUGGCAUUCUCCAGGACAGAUGUGAAGCUGGGUCUCUUUGCCUGUUGCUGAAAUCUGUUUGGCACACGGUGGGCACUCCGCUGCUGUCGUUGAAUUUCACACUGUAGGAGAAACUCUGUACGUCUCAGGAUGGCCCCCAGCAAACAGGCCUGCCAAGGCAGUUGCAGGUGUGAGUCCCGCCUGGAGCAGAAUUAAAGCUGGGCAAAACUGGGUUUGGGAGGAUUGGAAACUUGGAUAAGGACUUGCUUUGGCUUUCAAGCGCUGCCUUGCCAGGUGUGUAAAAGCCACGUAGUCCCCAGGUGGAAAUAAUGUUUGGGGACAAGAGCCCAAGGCUGGGGGCCCUGGAGAGUCCAGUCCCACAAAGGAACGGCCCAGCCUCACAUCAGUGGGUCCCAAGAUUUUCUCAGUCAGGCUAGGCUGGAUCAUGGUGCAGUAAGAAACAGCCCCAACUCUCAGUGGCUUAAACAGCAAAAGUUUAUUUCUUGCUCAUACCACUUAGCCACCGCAGGUCAGUGCGGUAGGCGUGUCCUGUUCUUUGUAGUCUCCUAGAAACCUGGGCUGGUGAAAGGGGCUCCAUCUUGAGGUAAGGCCAUCUGCACCCAAGUGCUUAAAAGCUGGAAGCAGUCCUCAACACUUCAGCUCGCAUUCCACUGGCCAAAGCCAACCAAACCUAACUUCCCGGCCGGCUGGGAUCACGAGGAAGUGACAAGGUGCUCAGCGGAGGAAAAACAAUACUCGCAAACCCCUAAGACGACCGCAGAGGGGAACCUGGCCGGUGGAGGAGGAGGGCUUGUUCUGGCUGCAGACCCCCUCUCCACCCAGACUGAGCCGGACGUGGGGACAGAGCCCACCUGUGGAGCUCUGGGCACCCCAGCAAGCUUUACCUUCCCAAAGCUUUCUCGUCAGGCUGUGAAAUCAAGCUUAGGACACUCCACAGCCCUGGUCAUUCUAACCUCAUGACAGCGGUCAUCAGGACCGGGGUUUAAAAAACCUUCAGGAGGGGCUUCCCUGGUGGUGCAGUGGUAAAGAAUCUGCCUGCCAAGGCAGGGGACACGGGUUCGUGCCCUGGUCUGGGAAGAUCCCGCGUGCCGCAACUAAGCCCGCGCGCCACAACUGCUGAGCCUGCGCUCUGAAGCCCGGGAGCCACCACUGCUGAAGCCAACGUGCUGCAACUACUGAAGCCCACACGCCUAGAGCCCAUGCUCUGCAACAAGAGAAGCCACCGCGUGAGAAGCCUGCACACCUCAACGAAGAGUAGCCCCUGCUCGCUGCAACUAGAGAAAGCCCACAUGCAGCAACAAAGACCCAAGGCAGCCAAAAAUAAAUAAAUAAAUGGAUUUAUUUUUUUUAAAAAAAAAACAACCUUCAGCAGCCAAAGGGCUUUUGGUGUUAUUGUUGGAUUUUCAGGAACUAAGGAAUAAAAAGGUGAAGUGAGGACAGAAACACAGUUUAAAACAAAAGCAAAGAUGCCUCUGCCUCUGCCUCUGCCAGGAGUGUUGGACAAAUACAAAUAGGGCUGGGCUGCAGGGAGAUGCCCUCUGCAGAGCACGACUCGGGAUGCCAUGUGCAUCAGGAUUCAGAGGCCACCAGGAGGAAGGAUUGUCCCUCCAGCCUCCGCAGCAAAGGCAAAGCUUCUGAGCCGGAGAAGAGCAACAGGAAGACAUUUGCUGAGACGACUUGGUGGCAGUGGAGGACAUGGAAACCAAAAGACAUGUGUGGGGCUUCUGCCCCUGCUUCUCUUGGACUGAAACAGCCCAAGUCGCAUCCCUCGCCCCAGCCAUACAGCCUUGUUCCUUAGGUCUUGGGUUACCUGUCGCUUCUCUGGGAAGUGUCCCCUGGCCUCCCAGGCUGGGCUGGCUGGCCCUCCUUUGUGCUCCCUCAGCAUCCUGUGUUCUUUCUACCCCAGCAACGCUGUGGCCUUAGCAUCUAUUACCACCCCAGCAACAAACAGGACGUGCUGUGACUGAGAAGGAAAGAAUGAUGAGACUGGUGAGGGGCCUGGAUCUGGAGGUAGCUGACUACGCCUGGGAGCUGCAAGGUCAAUGCGGGGUCCUCAUUGGUUGCUCAAGGCUUCCUGAAGCACUGCUGCAGGGCCAUUCCCAGAUCUGACAGCUCAAACCCCUGGGUUCCAGCCCAGACUCCAGGGACCUCCAGGCCAGCCCAAGGCUCUUCAGAGCAAAAACCUGAGCUGCCAAACUGCCUUGUCCAUGUCCAUCCGCUAGAUGCCUUGGUUUGCUCCACCCUUGGUGGCCACCCUUUCAACCAGCCACACAUAACUUACAGUGGCAGGUUCUGGGGCCUCAUCCCUCAUU